AUGGACCAGGUGUGCUCCUCCACGCCGAUCGUCUCCGACAGGUGGCACAAACAGGUAUGCCACAUGUUCAGCGAGGGCCUGCUCGGGAAGAAGAGGCACAAGGGCCACGCUGCGGCCCUGCAGAUUGACCAGCAUGACCAGCGAUUCAAGGACACCUUCUGUGACGGCUUCUGGAAGCUGAUGUUGAAGAAGGAGGUGAAGGCCACGGGCUCCAAGGAGGCGGAAGCAUCCAGGAGUACCAAGCACAAGAGAAAGGUGUCCAAGGAACAGAUGGAGGCGCAAAAGGCCGAGGAGGCGCGGAAGGCCGAGGAGGCGCGGAAGGCCGAGGAGGCGCGUGAGGCCGAGGAGGCGCGGAAGGCCGAGGAGGCGCGGAAGGCCGAGGAGGCGCGGAAGGCCGAGGAGGCGCGGAAGGCCGAGGAGGCGCGGAAGGCCGAGGAGGCGCGGAAGGCCGAGGAGGCGCGGAAGGCCGAGGAGGCGCGGAAGGCCGAGGAGGCGAGGAAGGCCGAGGAGGCGCAGAAGGCCGAGGAAGCGCAGAAGGCCGAGGUUGCUCGCGAGGCUGUGGAGGCGGCCGACGACUCGGAUGAAGCCGACGAGUCGCAGCAGAGCUCCAACGACUCGCAGGCGGACGAGUCCGACGAGUCCGACGAGUCCGACGGGUCCUCGGUCGGAACGGGCAUCGAGGCGCACGGCGCGGCGGUGCCCGAGAAGCAGGCGCGGGUGGCAGCGGCGCACGAGGCGACGGAGGCAUCCAGCGACGGUGCCGACGACACCUCGGACGACGACGACGACGACUCGAUGGAGG